AGUAUGAACAGCUGAUAGGGUAGAACCCAAGGUCCCAUACUUCAUAUAUAAAGCCUGAUGUUAGUGAGAGAUCCUAUGUGACUUCUGACUUGACAGAAUGAAUACCUUCCAGGUUCUAUUUCUCUUGGCUGCAAGCCUCUCUGCUGCCCAGUCCCUGGACUACAAGGCACUCACCCAGUUUAGAAGGAUGAUCCUGUGUGUGAUGCCUGAUAGCUGGCCUGUUUUUGACUACUCCGACUAUGGCUGCUACUGUGGAAAAGGAGGCUCUGGCACACCUGUUGAUGAUCUGGAUAGGUGCUGUGAAGUGCACGACAAGUGUUACAAUGAUGCUAUGCAACACCCUGAGUGCUGGCCCAUCCUCGACAACCCUUACACUGAGUUCUAUGACUACAGCUGUGACAAGGAAAAUAAGAAGGUCACCUGUGGCAACAAAAACAACGAAUGUGAGAUGUUCAUCUGUGAGUGUGACAGGAAGGCCGCAGAGUGUUUUGCCGUAUCACCUUGGAUCCCUGAGCACGAGCACCUGCCCAGCGACCGCUGUCAGUAAAGUCCAAAGAGCUGUAUCAAAUAAGGAAUUUAUGCUUCAACAUGAAACAUCCAUGACAAGUGACGGAUCAUUUUGUCAUUUUGCAGUAGAUCCUUGGCUUAUUAGUUAUAUUCACCCUCUCUCAUUUUGCGUAAGUUACCAUAGAGGGCACUAUGGUCCAACUUUUCAAAUUUCCAAGUUUGCAGGGUGAAAUCAGUAGUGCAGCGUGGUUUAGACACAGACGAGAUGUUUUGUGUGUGUCAGCUGUCCCAGUAUACUUUCUGUGAAUGUCCUGUUAUGUAAUAUUUGCAUAUAAUCAGAUAAUAAAAAUGCAUUUGCUUAGAAAUGAC